GAUUCCAGCCGCGUUUCCUGCGAAGCGCGCACGAAAUUCGUGUCCAUUUCUAUAAGUGUUGUAUCGCUGGUGCAGCAAGGGAAUCAUCAGGUUUAGGAGCUCUAAGGGAUUCACGCAAUUCCCACUACUGUGAUCCCCCAUCUGCAAUUCCAUGUUUUGUUAUUUUUCCGCACUUCUGUUGAGAUUCCCUGUGGAGUGGGGAGGAGCGCUUGCGAAUUGCCGACUCGGCGGCUUGUUUCUCGUCACGAGUAGAUUUUUGGCUCAUGCCAAUUGUACUGAGUUGCGAUCCGAGAGCUGAGUCAACUGAGUUUCGUAUUGAAAGGGAUUCUGAAUUUACCUCAGAACUCAAGGGUCGUGCCCUCCGAAGGACGGCUUCACCAACAUGGGCCUUCAGCAGUGUGAGGAUCUGGAGACCUGCUUAGCAGUUGCAGUGGACGUUGCUAAGAAAGCGGGGCAGAUCAUCAAGGAUGGUUUCCACAUAGCGAAGGCUGUCGAACACAAGGGCAUGGUGGAUCUCGUCACCGAGACGGACAAGGCCUGUGAGGACUUGAUCUUCACGCAGCUCAAGACAUCAUUUCCGUCCCAUGAGUUAAUAGGAGAGGAGGAAUCUUCCGAAAGCGGAAUUCCACUCUUGACAGAUGCGCCGACUUGGGUGGUUGACCCCCUGGACGGCACCACAAAUUUCGUGCACAAAUUUCCCUUUGUGUGCGUCUCCAUUGGUCUCGUCAUAAACAAGGUCUCCGUCGUUGGUGUCGUUUAUAACCCGCUGCUUGAGGAGCUUUUCACAGCAAUUCAAGGGCAGGGAGCCUUCUUAAAUGGAGAGCGCAUCUAUGCUUCAAGCCAAGAGCACAUAGGAAAUGGAUUGCUCGCAACCGAGAUCGGAACGAAGCGAGAUAAACACACAGUCGACCGUACCACUAACCUAAUUAACGAUAUGCUCUAUAAGGUGCGGUCUCUUCGUCUUAGUGGCUCUUGCGCCAUGAACCUAGUCGGCGUUGCCUGUGGGAGGCUUGACAUGUUCUACGAGCUAGGUUUCGGAGGUCCCUGGGAUGUUGCUGCAGGGACUUUGAUAUUGCGAGAAGCUGGUGGACUAGUCUAUGAUCCGUCUGGAGGGGAAUUUGACAUGAUGUCGCAUUUGAUAGCAGCUUCAAACGGCCACCUCAAACAAUCUCUUGUGGACUGCUUAGUAGACUAUCUUUAAUGGAUCAGUGUGCCAUUUCCCUUGUCACCCAGGGUUUGGUAUUCUCAUUUUCUACUUUUUAAGAUUUAAAGUUAAAUUUUGGCAUCAAAGGUUUCCAUCUCCGAAGCAGGGCUCGAUUUUACUUCCCUCGUAUAAGCAGAUCAGGAGUCUUCAUUACACAUGCAGGGUGUAAAUAUGGAAGCUAUGAAUUAGAGCCAGGCCUGUGUGCAGUCGGGUGCCGAGAAAUAGCAUUUUGCUGUUGUUGUUUUUUUUUUUUUUUUGUGAGAACAUCUGGGGCCAGAGCUAUUCCUAGAAAGAACUCCUGAGCGAGCAAGAGCUACUGGAAUCCGCAGAAUUGUGGAGAUGGACUAAAACCCACACCUAAACUUCAUGUGAAAAAGGAUUAUGUUUGUGGCGCACAGAGUUUUGGAGAGAACUCCGAAGGUGUCUUCAUGCAAGCUUGAUGGGCUCACUAUCAAAGACGAUUGAUAGGUCGCCAGUUUCAAAGUGUCACACUGGCAUUUGAGAGUGUGCUUGUGGAUCACUGCAGCAUUCUUCAGCUGCCUUUCGGCAUGCUUAUGCAGCUUCCGAGUAUCGAUCUUAAAGACUUUAUGAAUUGAGGAGAAUGUACCCAACUGAAACGAAAAAAAAAAAAAAAAAACAGAAAAAAAGAUAGAAAAAAGUAGACAGAUCUGAGAAAAUUAGACAGCAAACGGUAAAUGAAUUGUACAUCGCAAUCGAUGUUAAUCCCAGACUGUAGUGAAGAUGAUGUUCAUCUCUCUAGAAAUUAACGUAAUAAGCAACCAGUUUUGAUUAACUCA